GUAAGUAAACAAACUCAUGCAAGCCGUGAUCCGCCCCUUUUCGAUUUCGGAGUUCAGACGAUCAAUAUUUCACACAAUUAUUAGGUUUCCAUGCCAUAUAGGACCUCUUUGUUUCGGUUGAAGCAAUGCUGAAGUUGAUUAGAGCAGCAUGCUUACAUUAUAAUCACCCUACAACAUUCCGUGCUACUGUUACUGGUACGAUUCGUGUACCCAGGAGAAUGUCAACCCUUGAUACCACAUAUUGCUCAUCAUCAAAAGCAAGAGAUGACUGCCAACAUUAUUUACGACAGAGAGCGCAAGAAAUAUUUGAAGCUGGAGUGGAAGCCGUUCUUCCAAGUCAGAUGGUCAAAGAUGCUCUGUGUUUUGAAGGCAGUAGACUUAACGUUAAUGGACAAGAGUACGUGGUCAAUAAGAAUGUUCACAUCGUUGCCUUUGGUAAAGCAGUGGCUGGGAUGGUAAGAGCAGCAGAAGACAUCCUAGGUGAUGAUGUGGUUGAUGGCAUUGCAAGCGUACCAUUUGGAAUUCAGAAGACCCUGAUCGAUCUCAACAAAGAAGCUCUCCUGCCGAGGUCAGAUUCAAAAGUCAAGAUGAUUGAAGGAGCAAAGGACAAUCUUCCAGAUUCAGAUUCAUUACGAGCUGCUGAAGAAAUCUUGAGACUGGCCAACAAGCUAACUGAAAGUGAUAUCCUCUUAGUAAUGAUUUCAGGUGGAGGAUCUGCUUUGCUUCCGUCACCAAUCCCGCCCAUUACUCUGGCUGAGAAACUACACGUCAUCAACCUACUAGCAAGGAGAGGAGCCACAAUUGAACAACUCAAUACAGUGAGAAAGAAUCUCUCAACACUCAAGGGUGGACGGCUAUCCAGCAUGGCAAGACCCGCAAAGGUUAUUAGCUUGAUUCUAUCGGACAUUAUUGGAGACCCCAAAGAUUUGAUUGCGAGUGGACCGACUGUACCAGACUCUUCUACAACCCAAGACUGUCUGAAGAUCUUCCAAGAGUUUUCAAUCCCUAGAGAUGAGAUACCUUCUUCAGUUCUGGAAGUCCUUGAUAGGCCAGCCAAUCAUUCAAACUCUGAACCGUUAAGUGCCUUUUCUCAUGCUAAUAACGUGAUCAUUGGAAGCAACUCAAUCGCAGUAGCUGCAGCAAAGAAGAGGGCAGAAGCCAUCGGUUUUGAGACAGUGAACAUAUCAAAUGCCAUUGAUGGCGAAGCAAGGCACGUUGCAACCUUGUUUGCUGAUUUAGCCAAGUAUGUUUGUGAUAGAUAUACAGCAGGAUUUACCGGUGGAAAGGCAUUUGCAGAAUGCUUCAAGGUUACCAAAGACACGGUUCAAGAACUUGAGGACACUUUAGAGGUGGCUGUCCAAGGGAACAAGCCAGUUUGUAUCAUUGGUGCAGGAGAAACUACCGUGACUGUCAAAGGAAAGGGAAAGGGUGGUAGGAACCAGGAACUGGCUUUGGCUGCAGGAAUCGCAAUGAAAGAAUCCUCAGCCUUGCAGACUUACCACAAAGGUGGGUUCCGUGUGGCCCUCCUCUCCGCUGGGACAGAUGGACAGGAUGGACCUACAGAUGCUGCAGGAGCCAUUGCUGACUUUGAUCUGGUCACCAGAGCCUGUGAAUCAGGUUUAUAUCCUGCAACGUACCUGGACAACAAUGAUUCCUAUACAUUCUACAGAACAUUCGAUCAAGGACGUAACCUGGUGGUCACUGGAUUGACUGGGACAAAUGUAAUGGAUGUUCAAAUACUCCUUGUCUAUCCACCCCAUAGCUCUCUCUGAUAUUAUGAAUGUUAAUGUAAUACAAGUACCUUUAAUACACUUUGUUCAUUGUCUGCAGUGUACCCUGAUGAAUGUACAUGGAGGGCUAUGAAAAGGCUUUACAGAUUAAGAUUAAGAUGAAAUUCAAUGUAUGACUAAAGUUUAGUAAUAGGACACUAGGGAAGCCAAAGAUCUGGACAUGAAUUUUGCCAAGUUUAAUUUUUCCUUUUCCAUUUGCCUAAUUAAUAAUAUAGUCUAUUGGUCAUUUGGUUUAUUUGCCUCGUUUCUUAGACCAUUUGGACCAAUGACCUUAUGAUCAUAUUCCAUGCAAAAUAUGACAUCUGAAAUGAAAAUAAUUUCAAAUCAAUUGUGAUUAUGGCAGUGCCAUCUGUUAUUAUGGGACAGGUGGGUGGGCUAGUACCCUUUCGCCUCUCUCCUUUCGCUAGUAGGGCUUGUAUGGUUUGUUGUGUCACAGCCUCGUAGGGAAAUUAUGGAGGAAACAUGUAAGAAAAGAGAAGAGGGUGUUGUUUGUAAAAGGAAAGAGAGAGAAUAAAGGUUAAGAAAGAAAUCCUAAUUGA